GAUCUUUCAUUUUGAAUUUCACUGUAUAGAUUAGUUGUUGAAUAACGUUUUCUUAGUGUACAAGAAUAAAAAGUAACGAUAAUUUACUUAGUAUAUUUCCUUCAGAAUGUUAGAUUCAUGUAUUUGACGAGAAACUGUUAUUUGCAAUAAAGAAGAACAUCUAUAAGCUUACACUUAUUUAGAUCCAUCUAUAACUUUUUCCACCUGGAACGAAUUUAAUAACUGUUCGAAUUCGGAAACUUUUAUCUUAGUUGAUAUUUUGAUACAUUACUGGGAAAUCAGAAAGUUUCCUUUAUAAAUUUCACCUUAUUAACAAUAUGUUUAAAAGUAAAGUUAAAUGAAGUCCUCGUCAGAAACACAAGUGAUAGGUUCUUCUCUCAUAAUAUAUAAAAAUUAUUUUAAUACCAGUGGGACUGACUUUAUGAAGUAGAAGACAAAACAAUCAUUAUUGUUAUUCACAAAUAUACGGGAGUUACAGGUAAUCUGUUAGGCACUAUAUUGGCUGAUAUUUGUAUAGGACAUCCACAAAAUGUCAAACUCAAAGAUGCAAUAAAGUAACGUCAAUAUAAGUUGAUGGAACUAUCACUGUUUUUAAUAACAAAGACCUUUCUAAUCAGUUACUUAAGUGUUUUAAUUUGCUUCACCUGAAUUCAAAAUCCACAUCCGAUCACUAAAUUAAAAGUCAGAUGAGUUUUUUAGACAAAAUGAGCAAAAAAACGAAGAUGUCUGAGGUUCAUCCUUCAUAUAUGUAAAGCUUCCUGGGAGGGAUGAUACUCAUACUUCUAUAGACUUUCUACCUUAAUAUAAAACAAAUCUCUUCAGAAUGUUGUAUGUGGGGGUAGACAGGUUUUUUAUUUCAAAAGUUCACUAGAUGGUGAAGUGUAGAUUAUUUAAAGAAUGUCAGUCAUGAAUAGCUAUUAUAUGGAUUUUAAAUGUAAACAUUUCAAGUCAACAAAUGGGAUAACAAAACAAGACAUGGACCCUAAAAAUAAUACGUUUGACAAACUUCCCUUCAACAUUGCUCUGAUCUUUCCCGCUGUCAAUUUUAUGGUUACAUAUGAAACAAAAAGCCUACUCAUGAAUAAACUUGGAUAAUAUACAACCUCUAGUUACUUUCAGAUGUACUUAAUUAUUUACAUUAUUCGCAAAUUGUUUAAAAUUUAGUUUCAUUUAUUUCACAUAUGACGUCUACAAACAUCCAUCACCUUUCUCACGAACUUGUAUUUAUUCACAAUAAUGACUUCACUGUACCCUGAAAUUCUGUUUUUAUUGAUAAUUUAUGGUUGUCAUAACUAGUGUUGACAUUUCAACGUUAUUCAAAUGUUCAAUCUCCACAGCAAUAUAAUCAUUCAAGUAAUUAGGUUCACCUAUACUAUGUUCAAAUAGUAUUAUUAUCACUACUAUUAUGAUUGCCUCAUUAUUUAUUUGGCAAUUACUAUCAAUUUUAUUAUUUUAUCCAGUAUAUACGUGUCUUCUGUACUCAAUGACUUCAUAUUUUCUCUAUUACUGUUAUUCUGUUCAUCUACGAAUAUAGACAAUAAUUGUACGUUUCUUCCCUUGCGAACUAAAUGACUUUAUAAUUGUUAUGAACGAAAUGAGGUCUGUAAAAGAAUUUCAUUUAUUUAUAAAAGUCAUUGCUUAUGUUGAUCAUUUCAUUUCAUCUCUGAAUAGUUGUUAUUUGAGAUUAACAGAAAUCAUUUAUUCGUUGACUUGGGUCAAGUAAUUUUUGAUUGCAUAAUAGUGCUUCCGAAGACUGUAUCAUGGGAACAAAUUAGCAGACAAUUCGUAUAAUCUGACAGUUGUUAAUUUUUAUGUAAAGAAUGCGUACGUUGCCUACAAGUCUUUUUUCAUGCCCAUAAGCUUUUCUAUUUCCUUCAUUUAACAUUUAAUUAUGGAAGGUGACAUUCAGCAACUAUAUUUUAUGAAUUGUUGAUUCAUUCCCACUUAAUUAAUUUUAUAUUUAUGUAUAUGUGGUCAUAUAUAUGGUGGGAAGAGUGAUUAUGACUUAAAAUUAUUAGAAUUAGAGAUGUACCGAAAAUAUUACGAAAUUAAAUAUAUUCCAGUUACCCAACAAGAACAAAUGAGAAACACUUAUUCUUCUCCACUUUGAACAACCAAACACUUAAAGUGCGAAUACUUCAGUUUAUUGAAGGCAUAGCUGUACAAAUGUUUGAAUCUUUAUUGUGUGUUCAUAAACAAUCGGUACAUACAUGACACCCACUGGAGAUUAGUAUGAUAUAUACUGUUAUUUUUAUGUUUCACUUAUAUCUACUUUAACCUUUAUUUUUUAUGAGGAUACAUUAAAAAUAUUAAUAUGUGAUCAGGUUCAUUAAAAUAUGUUGUACCAAUAUAUCACAUAGUUCUGAUAAAUUCUGACUUCUCAGUCCACUAUCUGCAUUCAUAUUCAUUAUCAAAGUUUGUAUAAAAUGAGUAAUAUGAUUACUCAGUAGUUAUAUUAUUUAAAGGUAUUUUAUUCUUUUCAUACAGGCACUACUCUUAUGCGUGUCUUGCUAGAUGUACAUCCAAUGAUUCGAUGCGGUCCUGAAACUAGAGUAAUACCCAAAAUCCUCAACUUACGAGGUGAAUGGGGUAGAGGAAAAGAAAGCGUACGACUUACAGCUGCUGGUCUAUAUCCCGUUGCAGUCGAUUCUGCUGUACGAUCAUUUAUAUUAUCUUUAAUCCAAAAUGCUGGGGAAAAUGCACUUGUUCUGUGUAAUAAAGAUCCACUAUCAUUUAUUUACCUUGAAUAUUUGGCGGAAAUAUUUCCUGAGGCAAAAUUCAUCCACAUGGUACGUGAUGGGCGUGCUGUGAUUAAUUCACUAGUAAAACGACAUGUUACCAUCAAAGGAGCACCUGAACUUAUAGAUGAAAAAUUUUUUGCAUGGGAAAAUCGAGUAAAUCAGAUUUUAAAAUCAUGUGCAGUUAUCGGGCCCAAACGAUGCACAACAAUCAAAUAUGAAUCAUUGGUACUCAGACCGAGAGAAGUUCUGGGUGAACUGUUUGAAUUUCUCGAAUUGCCAUGGGAUCCAAUCGUUCUUCACCAUCAAACGGCUAUGAGUCAAAGCUCUCUAAGCAAACUCGAACCGAGUACUUCACAGGUUGUUCAUCCAAUACACUUGGCUUCACUAACUUCAUGGGCUUCAAGUAAUUCAGUGUUGCCCGAAUCUUUCAUCUCAUCAAUACACCGAGAAAGUGAUAUACUGAAAACACUUGGUUACGCUGAUUUGGGUGUACCACCACAUUACGGUACUCCAGAAAACCAGGUGGUCAAUAUAACUAGUUACCUUAUCAAUGAUCCACAAUUUAGACAGAUAUUCUAACUUCAUAUUUUCCAUGUGAUAAUUUACUUUUGUUGUCAACAUUGUUUUGUGUAAAUUGUGUGAUACUUGUAAGUUUUCUGUGCGUAUUGUUCUCAAGUCGUUUGUUAUUUGGACAGUUGAGAAGUGUAUUUCUAUUUAUUGUGAAAUGUUAACAUUUCUAUUUUCUUGUUAAUGAGGUAUAGAUUUCAAGUGUUAAUUAUUUUUAACUGUUAUGGUUGUUAGUGAUGGUGAUGGUAGUGGUGACAUUUAGUAUUUUAAUAGUUUUCUACUUUGUAUUUUUUUAAACUUCAUAUUCGUGUAACUUCAUAUUUCUAAUUGCGUUACCAUAAUAAUAAAAAUGACAAUGAUGAUGAUGAUGGUGAUUGUGAGAUUUGUGGAACUUCUCUCUUUCUCUCUCUCUCUCUCUUCCUUCUUUGAUGAAUAUUCAACCAACAUAUCUUUAUUUGUGAUUAUGGUUUUUACUGUUUUUAUGUUGACUUUGUUUUAUUUUUAUAUACAUACUAUCUGGGA